UCCCAUGCCAGAACUGUGAACAGCAGCUUGCCCAUUGACUACCUCGAUGCAAGUCCACCGCGAUCUCUCUCCACUCCACCACCCUCGACUAGCCAGAACCAUGCAGUCUACCCGAUUUCUCGCAGCGAACAUGCUGCGCCAGGCCCGCGCCACCCCGACGCUCCGCAUGAACCAGCAGCAGUUGGCCCGCGGCUUCAGGACCACUCCCAAGAGAAUGGCAGGACAGAAGGAGGAGCAAGCCGCACACACCAUCUCGCAGCGUCUCCGCACUCUCAAGAAGAUCCCACCGGAGUUGAUUCCUCUGGGCGUUGUCCUCGCCGCUGCCAUCAUUGCCGCUGGAUACAGCUUGGGUCGCAAGCUCAUGACCGAUAAGACCCUCCGUUUGACGAGAACUGGCAAGCAGGCAGACCACUAGAAAUUGUGUAUUUGAGCAUCAGGAAAGGGUCGGAGCAUUGUACAAAGAGGCUAGGCACGCAAAUUGAGUACCACGAUCAAGGACAAGAUAUUUGAGCUGUGGAAGACACAACAUUUCAAGAGGUAUUCACGAUUUCCCAUGUAAAGCGGGUUAUGCCAUGCGAUUUCCCA